AGCAUACACAGUAGAGAGAAGUUGAGAAGAUAGAGAGGGGAAGGGGCAGGGGCAGCAAAGGUCAGGAGGGCAGGGCCACCUUUGUUUUACUUUUUUUUCUGAUGCAGACAUCCGUGGCAGAACAGAGGGUCACUCUACAGACUGCAACAUAAAAAAGAGGUCAGAACAAAAACAAAACAAAGUAAAAAAAAAAAGAAGAAAAUCAAGAAAAGCUCUUAGCUAUAGUACUACUGUCCCUAGAAAAGAGUAAUAACCCCAUAGACAAAAAAUUGUAGUACUAUUGUUACUACUAGUACAAGAGUAGCAAGAAGGACUAAAGGUCUAUAGGGUUAUUUGUGCUCUAAUGGAACUUAAAUGGGGACCAAGUUUGUGUCUUUUGGACAAAUGAAUGUGUUUUUUCUGUUUGUGGGGUUGUAUUUUUUUGUGGUAAAGAAGUUACUAGUCCUCAAAUCUUGGUAGUGAAAUAAAGAUCUGUAAGAUGAAAUGGAGACCAAGCUUGUAUGUUUGAACCAAUGGCUGUGUUCUCUGUGAAGGGAAAGCUAGUGAAGAGAUUACUAUUGUUAAAAUCUUGGUAAAAUAUAAGAUCUAGCAAAUAGCAAAAGAUGAUUGUAAUACCUCAAGGAAAUAGCAUACCAGCAAAAGGGGUUCUUUGUGUUUCUAAUUUUGUGCCUUCCAUUACUUCAUCUUCUUCUUCUUCACAAGAAGCACCAAUUUUCAUGAAAGAUGCAAACUUUACAAGAAAUGAACCUGUUUCUGAGUUGGAUACAAGAAGUCCUAGUCCUUCAGCUUCAUCUUCUUCAUGUUCUUAUGGUGGAAACACUGCAGUUCCAGGUGCUGGAAGUUGGAAAACUGAUGGCAAGAAAGAGGAGUUAGUGAUGGAGCUGCAGCCAUUAACUGUGGGGUCGGAUCCAGAAAAAUCUGUUCUUGGUUUUGGAGAUUUGGACAAUUUGUUGCCUGAAUUUGUUGGCUCUGACCAAAGCUUUCUCCGGUGGAUUUCAGGUGAUGUGGAGGACCCUUCAGUCAGCUUGAAACAAUUACUCAAUGGGGAUUUUGGUUCUGGAUUCGAGGUUUCAGGAACAGGUUCUUUAGUUCAUACAGAUGCUAAUCUCUCCUUUUCUGGUUCAAAUAUCUGUCUGAAUGCCAAUAUUGAAAGAUUUGGCACUGUUAUAGACUCAAAUAAUGGUCGAAAUAAUAAUAGUUUCGAGAAGAAUCUGAAUGUCAAUCCUUAUUUAGAACAGAAGCCACAAGUAAUGGCAAACCAAAACCAGUUCCAGAAUGCUGUCUGUGUCAACAUUUUAGGGUCCUCGCCAUGUGAUAUCAAUCAAGAACAGCCUCUGUCCAAACGUCACAAUUCGGGUGCCCUUGUUUCGAGUUUGGGUGGUCUAUUGCCUAAAGUUCCGUUUUUUGAUGCCAGUUGUGACUUCUUGAUGAGGAAACAACCAUUGGGGCAAAUGCAGCAACAAGUCAAUUUGCUGCCUGCUCAACAGUUUCAGCCGAAGCCAUUAAUUGUACCUAAGCUUGAGGCAGCUGGUGGUGGUGGUAAUGGUAAUUUGAUGGUGCCUCGUCAUCAACUGCAGGAACAACAAUUUAUUUAUGACCAGAUUUUUCAGGCCUCAGAACUAUUGCUGGCCGGACAAUUCUCAAACGCGCAAUUGAUAUUGGCGCGGCUCAAUCAACAGCUUUCUCCCAUUGGGAAACCCUCAAGGAGGGCUGCUUUUUAUAUCAAGGAGGCUCUGCAGUUGCCUUUCCUUGUGCCUUGCACAUCCACUUUUUUGCCUCCAAGAAGUCCCACCCCAUUUGAUUGUGUGCUUAAGAUGGAUGCUUAUAAGUCCUUCUCCGAAAUAUCUCCACUUAUCCAGUUCAUGAAUUUCACCUCCAAUCAGGCUAUUCUUGAAGCUCUUGGGGAUGCUGAGCAAAUUCACAUAAUAGAUUUUGACAUCGGUUUUGGUGCUCAAUGGUCCUCGUUUAUGCAAGAACUUCCAAGUAGCAGUAGAAAGGCAACUUACCUGAAGAUUACAGCUUUUGCAUCUCCUUCAACCCACCACUCUGUUGAAAUUGGCAUCAUGCACGAAAGUUUAACACAGUUUGCUAAUGAUGCGGGGAUGAGAUUUGAGCUUGAAGUUAUUAACUUGGAUUCUUUCGACCCUAAGUCUUAUCCCUUGUCCUCCUUGAGGUCAUCUGAGUGCGAGGCAAUUGCUAUUAAUUUCCCUAUCUGGUCUAUUUCAAGCCUUCCGUUUGCAUUUCCUUCGCUUCUUCAUUGCAUGAGGCAGCUUUCUCCCAAAGUAGUUGUAUCACUGGAAUGCGGUUGUGAACGUACUGAACUCCCCUUAAAGCAUCACCUUCUCCAUGCCCUCCAGUACUACGAGACACUCUUAGCCAGUAUUGAUGCUGCUAAUUUAACUCCAGACAUUGCGAAAAAGAUCGAGAGGUCUCUUCUCCAGCCGAGUAUUGAGAACAUGAUCUUGGGGCGGCUCCGAUCCCCUGAUAGGAUGCCCCCAUGGAGAAACCUAUUUACUUCCGCAGGAUUUUCACCAAUUGCAUUUAGUAAUAUGACCGAAGUCCAGGCCGAAUGUGUUGUUAAAAGAACUCAUGUAGGAGGUUUUCAUGUUGAGAAGCGACAGACAUCUCUUGUGCUAUGCUGGAAACAGCAGGAGCUCCUGUCAGCUGCUACUUGGAGGUGUUAAGGAGCUUUUCUUCUGAAGCCAAAAGGGUGAAGCCAAAAGACCCUUUCUUUUAACAGCAACUACUAGAGGUUUUGACUCUUCAAUUUGAUGUCUAUUAAGAAAUCUGAUUUACGUUGCUAUCCGUGUCCUUGUAAAAUUUUAUAUUUAUGUCUCUGUCUCCUUAUGUAGUCUUGACUGUGUAGGCAAGUGUUUGGCGUUAGACAAAUCCUAACUAUUGUCCCUGUUUGAAAUCAGUAUGCCGUAUCUUCCUGCA